GGCUAUUAUUAAAAAAAAAGCUAAUUUAAAAUUGUAAAAUGUGAAUAUUUUUAGUGGUUUUUCUCUUGUUUAUAGAAGUCUUAUUGACUCAUACGGUUUUGAAAAUAUUUUUGAUCCACUCAAAUAAGAUAUUAUUGAAAUAACCAAACAUUGUUUUAGCGUCUCAGUUGAACUUGGCAGAUAUUUUAAUAUUUAUUACUUUUCCAGAUAAAAAUGAACAUUUUAUAUAUUUUACUACCAUUCGCUUUGGCCAAUGUGUCGGUAGCUUUAGAUGAUUACAUAAGGCAGGUUAUCAUGACAACCGAUCAGAUGUAUAUUGCAAGAGAUUUUAUGCCGUAUUUCAUUCAAGAUGUCGUCCUUACUGGAGGCUUUAAUCAGGUGGAAUUAGCUUUAUUGUUUUCUGUACCGGAAGUCGACGAUGAAGUCAUAAAAGAGCACAUAUUGAAAAAGAACACAGACUACCAAAAAAUGUUGGAAGAUUUUGCUUUACUUUCACUGGACGGCGAUAAUCGCCUAAAAGAUUACAUAUAUCAAAAGAAGAUAGAGUACCAAAAAAAUGUGCAAAAAAAAUUACUGAAAUCCAUAUCACCGCCUGCGGCUGAAAUACCAAAAGGCUGUUUCGAAGACGCUACUCUAGAACAACUGGGAUAUAGAAGAAGAUCUAGAACUUCGGCAGCUAUAAGACUUGCAGUGCGAGAAGUAUUAACUGGAGUUACUAUAAAAUUCAAGGAAUAUUCUGAUUUGUGUACUCUAAUAGGAGUGUACAAAAGUAUUGUGGGUUGGGACGAAUUUAUAGUGGCCGCUGAUAUCGAUGAACAUGACGAAAGAAUUUGUUGUCUAGUAAAUAUAAAAGGAGACAGUAUCAAAUACUAUAAAGUCGACGGCAAAAUUUGGUACGACUACAAAGGUCCAUCGCAAGAGUUACUUCUCGAUCAAGCGACAAACAUAAACAUUGAAAUUUUGCAUGCGACAGUAAAAUUCUAAUCCAACUGGCUUUCAUUGGCCGAGCAAGUACC